CGUUUUUAAAUACUGGUAAAGUCGGAGCGAUUUCUAUGCGAGGAAUCUCGCUCGAUUUGAAACCAAACCUAAAUUAGCUCAACAGCUAGCUGUUUAUUAGCUGCACUUGUGGCACUGCUGCUGAAUUGCUUUUAACAAUACAAUUCAGAUUAUCUCCCGGAAUAUGAAACCUCUGUGAUUCCAAUGAGACACCAGCACACCCAUACAUCUACCUACUAGCAGCGUAACGCCAUUUUGAAGCGGUUUGAAAAUGAAUAACGUGAACCGGUUUCCAUUGGGGUUUAGCUCGCUGGUUAGCAUUGCCGUGGAACAAGGUGCGAGUGUGACGUAAGAAGUGGAUUCUGCUGUGAAUAAUAUACACUGUUCGUACGCUCUACGUGACGCUGUUUAACUUUGUUUUGUUGUGUUAUCUCCGUCGUCAUUCUUUUGUUUGGUCUUGUUUAUCUCGUGGUUUGUCUUUUGUUGCUACCGCCACCCUUUAUGUGAAAUGCCCCGGCACAUGCAUUCAGAUUCAUACACUGCCAGACCCUCAAUAUGCUAAACCAACGUGUACAUCCCCCAGCUAUGUUUCCUCAAUUUGCCUAUUGAUUUAUUUGAUAAAGUCAAACCACCCAAAAGAUGGAAGACAAGCUGAAUGGAUUCCCUGUUGUCUCCCCGGAGUAUCUUCAACAGUGCCCCGGCCAAAAAAAGAGGCAGACCAGCUCAACUCAAGGAACCCAAAGCACCGAAACCGCCAAAACCUCCAAAAGUUCCUAAAGCACCAAAAACUCAGAAAGUUCCCACGACGCCAAAGGACACAAAUGCCCCGAAAGCCAAACCCGGUCCUAAGCCCAAGAAGGCCGCCGGCGCUCAGGGAGACGGCAAGCUAGAGAAGAUCGACGAGAGCUUCAAGAAGGUGAAGAGGAAAAUCGACCGCUUCAAGGGAAUGUCGGAGGAGGAAGUCAUGACAAAAACUCUACCGGACCUGCUGGAGUACAAUCUCGACUACGUCAUCAUUGGUAUCAACCCAGGAUUGAUGGCAGCUUUCAUUGGACGGUGGUUUCCAGGUCCUGGAAAUCAUUUCUGGAAGUGCCUCUUUCUGUCCGGGUUCACAGAGGAGCUACUGAACCACAUGCACGACACCACACUGCCUGGCAAGUACAAAAUGGGCUUCACCAACAUGGUGGCCAGAGCGACGCCAGGGAGUAAAGAUCUCUCAAGUAAAGAGUUGCGUGAAGGAGGCAAAAUCCUUGUAGAGAAGCUGAAGACGUUCAAGCCUCUUAUUGCUGUUUUUAAUGGAAAAUGCAUUUAUGAAAUGUUCUGCAGAGAGAUGUUUGGUAAGAAACCAAAGAAACUUAAUUUUGGUUUGCAGCCGCACAAGAUCCCCGACUGUGAGGUGGCUCUGUACCUGAUGCCUUCAUCCAGCGCUCGCUGUGCUCAGUUCCCUCGAGCUCAGGACAAAGUCCACUUCUACAUCAAACUGAGGGAGCUCCGAGACCAGCUGAAGGGCGUCCAGAAACCGACUGAGGUCGAAGAGGUUGAUUACUCCUUUGACCUGUUGUUGGCUAAAGAGGACGCCAAGAGGAUGGCCAUAAAGGAGGAGCAUUACGAUCCUGGGUACGAAGAUGCCUUAGGUGGAGUGUAUGCGGAGAGAGGAGCCGAAGGGGCCGGAGGGGCCGAAGGGGCCGGGGCUCCAAGCCAGACCAACGGCCACUGCACGUUCUCGAGUGCAGACAACACGGAAGGCGCUCAGGAGGCGACCACGUCACAAAUACCAGAGGGCCAGCUGCCAGACGGACAGUGGAUGACUCAGUCCUUCGCAGAUCAGAUUCCAGACAUCAGCGGGACACCAAAGGAGGCCAGCGCAUAAACACAGGACUACUUUUGUCUGGUUUUCAAUCUUUUGCCUUUUUUUUUCUCUCUUCUGUUUUUUUUCUUAGUCUUCGAGUGGAACAUACACACACAUAGAUGGACUUUUCUGGUAGAACUUUUGCAGAUUAUUCCGUGUAUUUAAUUUUUUUAAAUGUUGUUUUUGGUCCUGCUCUAAUGUAUGAUCAUCUUCAAGGCAGUCUCUUUUUUAUAUACGUGAAAUCAGGGACAAUGAUGCUCGACUGUCUUGAAGAAGGUCAUGUAUUUAUACGUUUGUUUAGCCUUUGUACUGUACUGCGCUGCACUGUAGGAAUGUAGGAUUUUAGAAUUACAUUUUGUAUGAUUAUCAAAAUGUCACUCACAAGGAAUUUUAUGAAACGUGUCCAUUGAAAAUGUCUUGAUGAUGCCUUUUUUAUAUUAUUGGACUGCUCUUCGGUCAUUUCAUUGUAAACAUGUGAAGAUAGCUGAGGUGUUUUGAAUUUACCUCCCACAAAGGUUGAGCACACAACACAUUUUGUUACUCUCAUAAUUUUCAUAUGACAAAUUCAUCUAUUGCGGGGUUUUGUAUGAUCCCUUCAGCUGACAUAGUCCUAUGGAAAAUGUUUCUAUAACAACAAGAUUGUGAACUAGGUAAACUACAGCGGGGUUAAAUCGCACACAAUGUUGUGUUAGUUGAACCUUGUUGACUCAUAAAACCAAAAUAGUAGUAGAUUGUUCUCGAUACAAACUUCUGUGGGAUUUUCUUCUCUUCAACUCAAAACAAGUUGGAAUGAUAUCAUGAACUGCGUUCAAUGUGUGUUUGUUAACCUUUGAUUUAGAUCAGGAUCAAUUACUCUUUUUAAAGUGUGAUAGUUGAGAAGUCCAGCUUUUGGUCCUCAUGUCAUGUGAUUGUUGGGUUACGCGAUAUUAUUCCAUUCCAUUCAUAAAAGGGUUUAGCCUGCGGUGGUUUCUGGUUGACCUUCCCGUUUACGUCGGCGGGUUAAAGUCUCUGAACCCGCUGUAUUCAGAUUAGGGGAGUUGGAUAUGGGGGAGAAUGAGUCCAGGUCGUUGCUGUUAGGGUUAGGGCCUUCACCCUCCCAAUGAAGGCUGCUGUUGGAAUUGGGGAUGUUCGUUGAGGCCGCCGGUUUGAUUUGUUCGUCGUCUCCUGUCCGGGCUGUGAGGUCGGAGGUCGAGGAGCUGCUGCAGCGCUGCUCUCCAAAUGCCCUGGAGAACGUAGGCAAAGCGAGUUCACACAUUUGUUCAGAGUGCUUCACGUAAAACCAUUCGAAGCAUGGGAAAGAAAAGGUUUCGCAAAUGUGACUUUGCCUCCUUCUGGUGGCACGUUUUGGCGAGUGACUCAGGAAUCAACAUUUAUUGCCAAAAUAUGUAAAACAUACAAGGAAUUUGUCUUGCCGGUUGGUGCGUGACAGUAGACAGCAGUGCACAAGUAAUAACAUAAAGUAAAAUUAAAUGCUAAUGCAAUGGGUUAGUAGAAUAAGGCUAUGGGUUAGUAUAAAACAAGGGAAUAAAGUUAAAGUUAAGUGAUCAGAUCAACUCAACGGGCAGCAAGAGGAGGCUGAGAAGACACAUUAGCAGCCUCACUGGGAGGAAGUCAGUGACCUGAGACCACUGAGUGUCUCCACUGUGAGGGUCCCUGCACGCCUCCCACAGCACACACACAUACAUACAUAAACUUGUGGUACAGUUCAUGUCUGGGCUUUUACAGUAGAUUCACUACAGGUUAGUUAAAAGUUAUUUUUAUUUUUGUUUUAAUGAUAAAAUUCCUCCUCAUCCAAAAUAAAGAAUAAUGCUGAAGUUCAAUAAUA